UUACUACUAAACAUGGUGUCACCAAAUUCUCCUUCAAACCCAAAUACCAACAACAACAUUCACCAGUUUCUCAUUUCCAACCCAGCCCAUUAUGAAACUCAACAAUCUUAUGAUGCUUAUGGAGUUGACUUAAGGAAUUUUGGCCCAUACCCACCUCAUCACUCUCUCAAUAUACCUCUUUCAAUGACUAAUGACCCACAACUUAACCAACACCAAGAUCACCAAAACCAAAAACUUUCACUUUCUUUAAGGUCACCUAUUUUUCCUUUUCCUUCUUCAACCCAAUAUAGUAAUUUACAAGAAGAAAAAAAAUGUUUUGACAACAAUCCUAGUCAUGAGUAUUCAUCAUCAAAUCAUCAAUCAUUUUAUGGAACAGAAUCUUGUUUUUCAACAACAACAACAACAAAUUCUUCAGUUGGCAGUUCAAGAUACUUGAAACCAACUCAAUCUUUACUUGAAGAAAUUGUUAGUCUUAAUUGGAAAGAUCUUGAGUCAACCACCAAUUCAUAUGCUCGUAAAUUAUCGGCUUCGGGUCAAAACGGGUCAUUACGAUUAUGUUCCGAGUUGAAAGCAGAAUUAAUUAGUAAUGGGUUGUUAAUGGACAAACAAGACCUUCAAGCUACAUUGGCAAAGCUCAUUUCUUUAUUAGAAGAGGUUGAGAGGAGAUAUGGGCAUUAUCAUCAGCAGCUAGAAGAAGUGGUUUCUUCAUUUGAAAUGAAUGCAGGUUUAGGGUCAGGGAAGUCAUACACUGCAUUAGUACUCAAUGCAAUGUCUGCACACUUUUCCAACUUAAAAGAUGCAAUUUUGGCCCAAAUUUAUUCAACCCGAAAGAAAAUCUUGAACAAUUUGCCCAAAAUGAAUGCCGGGUUUUCGCAGCUCAGUUUGUUUGAUAAAGAAAACAACCGCAUCGCUCUUCAACAGCUGGGAAUGAUUGCUACCCCGAGACAAACUUGGAGACCCAUUAGGGGUUUACCUGAAACUUCUGUCAUGAUUUUACGCACCUGGCUCUUUGAACACUUCCUUCAUCCGUACCCGAAUGACAAUGAAAAACUAAUGCUAGCAUCACAAACAGGAUUGUCAAAGAACCAAGUGUCAAAUUGGUUCAUAAAUGCUCGAGUUCGUCUAUGGAAACCGAUGAUCGAGGAAAUGUACAAGGAAGAAUUUGCAGAGUCAUCUGAGGAUUCAAACUUAUGAAGUGAUACAAAAGUGGCACAAAUCACAGAACCUGGAUAAUGAAGGUUGUUUUAGUACUCUAGUAGUAGUAGUAAUGUGAAAUGUGAAGGUUUUAAUGGCGUUUUUUAAAUCAAAGAGUAGAAAUGAAUGCA